CGAUUGAACUGCCCGUUAGUGUUUUCAAAAGGGUUUUCGAUGAUGGAAGAAUUAGCAAGCACAGUUCCUGAUCAUCCAUUGAUGUAUCAAGCAGCUGAAAUCGAUGUGGGAGUGAAUGGGAAAAGGUAUGGUUUGGCUCAAUGUGGUAGAGAUUUGAGUAAAGUGAGUUGUCAAAAUUGCUUGGAGGAUCGUUUGGCGACAUGUAUAUCAUACGUGCAGAACCGAACUGGAUGGGAGAUUGUUGGGUUCGGUUGUAGUAUGUGGUAUUUUAGUAACAUUUCUGAAGAUCUCACACCUUCAAAUUAUAGUGAACUUCCACCUAAUGCUAUUUCAGGAGCUCAAAGAUGUCACGGGGGAAUUGGACUCACCACCAUCAUCAUCAGCAUGACCAUCAGUACUGCUUUCACACAGUACUUUUAGCAACUAAUGUUUUCCAUUUUCCAUGAAUUAAUUUAGUGGCCAAGUAAUA